AUGCUCGGACGCCUCUUCCACCUCGGCUUUGACGCUAUUGCCGUCUCGACCAUCCUCAGCGGCGUCAAGAAGACGACUGGGUUUGCCCCCGACGUCGAGCAGAUCCCGGAACCGACAGUGCGCUCCGUCGCGCAGUCGUACCUCUCGCUCGGCGACUCGUGCUUCAACUUUAUCGCCGGACAGAGCGUCACGAGCAAGUACUUUACCAAGGUCAACUAA